UAGUCUCAUCUUGAUGCCCUCUGGUCUCAUUCCCUUCUUCCCUCUAUCUCUUCUCCUUUCUCCAUCCCUCGCUCUCUCGGAACCCCUCAUACUCUGAACCUGCGGGGAGAUCGGAGGGAGAUCAUGCUGUCUGUACUGGCACUGACGUCCGUGGUGCUCUUGAGCCUAGCCUCUCAGAUCACGGCUAUUGUUGUGUACACAAGCUGGGAGAAGCAUGCGCUGGUGGGCUCAGAUGUCAGACUCUCCUGCUCUUUCUUUUCUUGGCAUUGGACUUCUCCAGAUGUAACCUUCUCGUGGCAGUACCGUCCAGAUGGGGCGAAAGAAGGCAUCUCAAUUUUCCACUACGGAGGUGGAGUUGCCUAUGUGGAUAACAAAGGCCCAUUCCGGGACCGUCUGGAAUUUGUGGGGAACCCCAGUCGCCGUGAUGGCUCUAUCCUGAUCAAGGAGCUCGACUUCUCAGACAACGGAACCUUCACCUGUGACGCCAAGAACCCACCUGACAUUGUCGGCCACUCCUCCAGUGUUCGACUGCUGGUGUUUGAGAAGGUUCCAGUGCAGGCUGGUGUGGUAACAGGGGCCAUUAUUGGCGUAGUGUUGGGACUGCUGAUCCUCAUUGUGGCAAUUUACUAUCUGAUGCGUUUCCUGGUCGCCAGACGAGUGUUCAGCUUGAGCAUGAGUAAACAUGGCAAGAAAGGCAAAGGAAAAGAAGGAACACAGCAAAAACAGGCUGGUCCCCUAAAGUAGCCUUCCCCCCAUCCUUCUUUUACUGAGAGCUAAGAUUUUUUAGACAUGGAAUCAAACACACACACAUUUCAUCACAGUUAAAAUUUCAUCACAGUCACAUAAAAUUAGUUUAUAUCUCAUCCAACACACACUAACACUCAUGGAAUCAUCUUAUGUGUCCCAUCAAGCAAUUUUAAGUGCUUUCCCAAUAGGUUUGUGACAGAAAUUCAAAUCUGACUUAGAGUUGUAAAGUGUUUUUGCUCUGACUGCAGUGACUGAAAUACCCAAAAUGAUGUCGAUACUGUUGGCAGAGACACUCAAACACACGCUGUGAGAGUUACUUGAUACUCUAAGUCAAAUUCUCACCUCUGUCCACAUAAGCUGUUGUCUGACAAACAGCUGGUUAUUUUAACACUCACUUGUAACUGGAGAACUAUCUGUCUCGCUUCUGUCCAGUAUUUAAACGACCAGUCCAGUGUCCAGUGAGAGCCAGCUCCUAUGGUUGCACUUUUUCCCCGACCAUCUCCACACAUAUCAUUAGUUAGGCCCAUCGCUCCAUCCCGAGUUUAACUUCAAACCUCUCUAAUCCUCCUCUAACUAUCAUGAAUGCUCAUCCACCACCACCUCUUCUCAUUCCCUGUAUGUGCUGGUAAGAAAACCCCAGUGCUCUCUCCUGCCCCCUGCUGCCCACAGGAAAAAAUAUUUUCAUUCGGCCGUAUUGUCGCAAAGACGUCAAUACAAAAAAUGUAAGUUAAUUUAGCUAGCUCUCUGCUGACUACGAAAGAUGCGUGUUUUUCACGCCUUUGCAUGUGUAUUUUUUUAGUCUGAUGAUGUAUCUGUAACCUGUCAACAUGUUUGGGGAACAAAACAACAUAAAAACAACAUUGUAGCCACGUUCGUCACGCCAUCGUUAGUAAUGACGAGCCGUGCAGCAGCACCCUGGGACUAUUUGUGUGUCAGAUGCAGAAAUGUAAUAGAGUUUAAUGAUGUUUAAUAAUAUUUCUGCACUUUCAUUUGACUGACAUGGCAGAAUUCAUGUGGUUGUUUCUUCAUAAGAGUGUUUACCAUCAGGGUGUUGGUGUGCUAAGGCUACGGGAAGUGAUGCAAUGAGGGCAGAAAAGAUUUUGGAAGUUUUUGAGAGAGAAAUAAACUUCAUUUUCAGGUGAAAAGUCAAGUCAAAGUACAAUAAACAUCUCAGGCUCACAGGAUAUGUUUUUCUGUUCAAGUUUUCAUGUCUAUGCAUGUCGUCCCCACACCAAAGAGGAGCUCUUAUUGGGAAUGCCAGGAAAAGCUAUAUAAUCGUGAGUGCUUGUGGGAAAUAUGUCUGUUAGCCUGCAGACAGAUGCUUUUUAUGCAUCUCAGAAUAAAUGUCGAGCUGCCACAUGGUACCUGCCAUUAAACUGUUUAAAUAUUGGGCAAUUCCCAUGUUGUAUGUAUUGUACACCUGUAUUGGUACAGGUCUAGGUAACCGUUCUCUCUUCAAACUCUAUUAAAAAGUCUAAUUAUUUUUUACUUUUAUUUUAUCUUUAACCUUUCUAACUUUGGUUUUCUGUAAAAUGUCUUGUAAAAAGAAAAAUCUCAAGUUUAAAUAAUUUCAGAAAAAUGUCAAUAAAAAAAUCUGAUCCCU